GGUGGUACAAGCUGGAAGACAAUGUAAUAAUCAACGGAUACUAGUAGUGGAGUUUGAAGCACUUGCCAGAGAAAUUUGUAAAUAACAUGUUGAUGAUUAAGAAGCGUUACGUGCUCCUCACAAAUUUGUCACAAUGCUAUUUGUGUCUAACGCUGACAUUAUAUGAAACAGCUUGCCUAGCUAAUUUACCCAUGCAUAGGGGUCCCCACUGAUGGCCGUAAACGGCACAACCUUAACGGCCCGGUUGCGCCGAAUUUUUGGCUGGCAAACUUCUGGCUGCUCUCGUCUCACCAAGACUAUUCUCAACUUCAGUUUGAUCUGCAUCAUUCUACUGGGAUUUUUGCAUCCUGUUCUAGCCGACGACUUGAUUUCGGACUCCAUCGACAAAAAUGACGCACGGCGUAUUUGUUCAAGCAUGGAUAUUAGAAAUUCAUUGGAAUCAUUCAAGAAAUUAGAGCACUGCGAAGUGAUUGAAGGAUUCCUUUCAAUCUUGCUCAUCGACAACGUUGACCCAGUGCAGUUGUCGCAGUUCAACUUCCCAAAACUAAUUGAAAUAACCGAUUAUUUGUUAUUAUAUAGAGUAAAUGGCCUUCGGAGUUUAGGUCAACUGUUUCCAAAUUUAUCCGUGAUCCGUGGUUCGAACACAUUUCUCAACAAGGCCCUUGUGAUAUUCGAAAUGUCCACCCUACAGGAAAUUGGACUGUAUUCACUCACAACCAUAUUAAAAGGUCAGGUACAUAUCGACAAAAACCCAUCUCUAUGUUUUGUGAAAUCGGUCGACUGGAGCCUGAUAGUUAAAGACCAACCGGAAAAAAACGUUGUGAAAACUCUCAAACCGGAAAAUGAGUGUCCAGUGUGCCCGGCUAGUGUUCAGAGAGGGAACGAGACCUUUCCGUGUCCAAUAAGGGUCAAAAGCGACUCUAUGGGAACGAUUAAAGAACACCUGUGCUGGAAUAAAAAUCACUGCCAAAUCCAGUGUCCCACCCGUUGCGGGAACUGGUCUUGCAACAAUAAACUAAUGUGUUGCAAUAAAUCGUGUUUAGCUUGUAGAAAUGAUGACCCCAAAAUAUGUACAGUUUGCCCUAAGAUAAGUUAUAAAUUUGAUGAACAAAAGGAAUGCCGAAAUGAUUGUAAUCCUGGUCUUUAUGAGUAUUUAGAAAGGCGGUGCAUUAACCACACUCAGUGUUUGCAUGCAAUGCAUAAACCAAUAGAAAUGCAAACCACUAAUUACUAUCCAUUAAAACCGUUCAAAAUUCACAAUGGAAAAUGUUUGAUGGAAUGCCCUUCGGAAUAUACCGAAGUUAAUUCUACUUGUGUCAAAUGUUCAGUCGUAGGAAAUUGCCGAAAAAAUUGUCCAGGUAUGAAUAUCGAUAGCAUAGCAAUGUCAAGACAGCUGAGUGGAUGUACUCAUAUUAAUGGUUCUUUAGAAAUUCAAAUAAGAGGAGGAGCAAAUAUAACAGAACUGGAAGAAAACCUAAAGAUGAUAGAGGAAAUAAGCGGAUACUUAAAGGUGGUCAGAUCGUUCUCUUUACUCUCUUUAAAUUUCCUGAAAAGUUUAAAAAGGAUCAGAGGAGAGAGAAAAGAAAAGGACAAGUACGUCUUCACUGUACUCGAUAAUCAAAACCUACAAGAUCUGUGGGAUUGGACUAACCGAACUAUGCAAAUCGAUCAGGGCAAAUUAUUUUUCCAUUUCAAUCCCAAACUGUGUUACGAUAAAAUUGUCAAAUUGCAAGAGAUUGCUAAGUUAGAUAAUUUCACCGAUUUAGAAGUAGCGAAGAACUCCAAUGGAGACAAAGUAGCUUGUAAUAUAACAACUCUAAAUAUUACGAUAGAAAAAAUUGAAUCAUAUAAUGUUUCUCUUCGCUGGAAAGCCUUCGAUCUUGAUGACCAACGAAGACUCUUGGCUUACACUAUCGUUUAUGUAGAAUCUCCUUUCAAGAACAUAUCCCUGUAUGAUGGAAAAGAUGCUUGUGGACAGGAUAAGUGGAACAUAAUCGACCUUCCUAGCAAAGAGGAUGAUACAGAAAUCAGUUAUACGAUUCCAAAAUUGAAUCCGUGGACGCAGUAUGCAUUUUAUGUAAAAACUUACACAAUUGCUCAAGAAAGAAAAGGGGCUCAAAGUGACAUUCAGUAUUUCAAAACAAAACCCUCGAGACCAAGGGCGCCUAUCAUUAUAAAAGUUGAAAGCAUAUCUUCUGAUUCAUUAAACAUUACUUGGUUACCACCAUCCAAACCAAAUGGUCCGAUUACUCAUUAUAAAAUUAACGUCACUAGAAAUUAUUUGAGAGCUACUACGUCGGCUGAUCAUAAUUAUUGCAAUGAUGACUUGCAUUCUAGAUCAGACACUGAUAGAUCUAUACCUAAACCCCAUCCGACGGAUAAUUGUGACUGCAAAGACCCAAAUAAAAUUAUUUUAAAUGCGACAUAUGAAAGUGAGGCUCUCGAAGCAAUCGAAUUUGAAAAUGAACUUACAAAUAUUGUUUACAUAAAAAGGCCAAAGCGAGAAGCAGUCAUAUACUCAAAUGCAACAAUUCCAGAAUCUUUUUCGGAAAAAUCUAAAAUUAAAACAGCUAAAACCACACGAUGUUACAUAGAAGGGCUUCAUCAUUAUACUUCGUACGAUAUUUUCGUGAACACCUGCCGAUAUGAACCCGAAAAUCAAACUGUAACUGAAGAAUGCAGCGAACGUGAUGCUUGGACUACAUUUACAACCCUACCUAAAGAGGGAGCUGAUAAAAUAAGCAAUUUGCACAUUGUAAGCAAAAAUAAAGAUAGUGUAACUAUCGCGUGGGACCAACCUAAAGAUCCAAAUGGAAAUAUUUUUGCUUAUACAAUCUCUUAUAAAAGAAUGGAUAUACCAAGAGCGAAACCGAUGCCAGAAUGUCAUAAUGUAACUACUAGAAAUAAAACUUUGUUCUAUACGAUAUCCAAAUUGAAUUCUGGCAACUAUAGUCUGUCUGUUUUUGCAAAAUCAGCCAAAUCAAAUGAGAAGUCCGAACCAAUUUACUUCUAUAUUGAAGAACCCUCUUCAAGUACUGCUCUGAUAGUAUCCAUGAUUCUAUGUGUGUUCAUCAUAAUUAUGAUCAUUCUUGGAUGCCUAUACAAAAAACAACAAAAGAACGUGUUGAUACUCAAUCCUAAUCCAGAAUAUGUUCCGAGUGUCUAUAUAAAAGAUGACUGGGAAGUACCAAGGAAUAAUAUAACGUUAAUCAAAGAAUUAGGCCAAGGCAGCUUUGGUAUGGUAUGGGAAGGACUUGCGCAUGACAUUAAAGGCAAAACAGAAAUUAGAUGUGCAGUUAAAACAGUAAACGAACAUGCUACAGACAGGGAACGGCUGGAAUUUCUGAAUGAAGCAUCCGUGAUGAAAGCAUUUGACACCACUCAUGUUGUAAAAUUAUUGGGUGUAGUGUCUGAAGGUCAGCCCACGUUAGUCAUAAUGGAAUUAAUGGCCAACGGAGAUUUAAAAUCCUAUUUACGGUCACACAGACCUGAUAUGGAAAAUUACAAUCCCAAUCUUGUUAAACAACCGCCGUCAUUAAAACAAAUUCUACAAAUGGCUAUUGAAAUUUCUGAUGGAAUGGCAUAUCUGUCGGCAAAGAAGUUUGUACAUAGAGACUUGGCAGCUAGAAACUGCAUGGUAUCUGAAGAUCUGGUCGUGAAAAUAGGCGAUUUUGGAAUGACCAGAGACAUUUAUGAGACUGAUUAUUAUCGAAAAGGGACUAAAGGUUUACUGCCCGUGCGAUGGAUGGCACCCGAGAGUCUCAAAGACGGUGUAUUUACAAGUAGUAGCGAUGUAUGGAGUUAUGGAGUUGUAUUGUGGGAAAUGGCUACAUUAGCAUCACAACCGUACCAGGGUCUAUCGAAUGAUCAAGUGUUACGGUACGUAAUAGAUGGAGGGGUCAUGGAAAGGCCUGAAAAUUGUCCUGACAAAUUGUAUACUUUAAUGAGAUAUUGCUGGCAACAUAAACCGUCAUCAAGACCAGCCUUCCUCAAGCUCUGUCAGCUAUUAUUAGAAGAUGCUAGUCCUAUUUUUCCAGACGUCUCGUUUUACCAUAGUUCUGCUGGAGUGGAAGCCAGAGCAUCACGACAUACUCCAUCUCCUAACCAGGACGAUCAAACCACCCCACUUAGAACUGCAGUUGAACGAUUGAAAGGAUACACUCCUCAGUCGCAAGACUCCGACGAUCUAGACGUUGAUACGCAUCAUCACUUUCCCAGCAUAUCUGAAAGUGGUAUAGGUGUAAUUACAACUGCAAACGGUUAUGUAAGUGGGUGUCCUACUAAUGGUGCAGCGACGACUCAAUGCUAACUACAUAUCACUCCUAGGGAUUGACUGACACCUGAUAUUUGAUAUGCAUCGUUUCGGCAUUAUGGUAUUCCACACGCAACCUAAUUAAUACGGAGCAAUUGCAUAACUAAACGUUUUAAAGUAUCACAAGAUUUGUGUUUCAACAAACAAACCGUUGAUAUUAGAACUGACAAAAAUAUACGGUGUCCAAGAAAUACAUGCCAAAAUUUAAACACUUACAUCAAAGCUAUAAAUUUUAUCAAAAAUAUUUCUAAUAACGUUUCUAGAUUAAAAAAAUAUUUGCGAACAGUGGUUAAAAUGGUGGCACUUUUUUCUGGGACAUGCUUUAUAAUAAUUUUAGGAAUAUUCAUCAGAAGGUGGCUUACAAAAAAAAAUAAAAGAGUUUAGAAGAAACAAAUUACUCGAAUUAGCUCAUGACGCUUUAUAGCAUUGUUUUAUUUUUAUAAUUAUUAAACCCUUUAUACCAGUAUAAUUUGAUGGGAUGUCAGACUUGAAAUGAAAAAGAAAAUAUAACGCAAUUUAUAUUUUAUUUUUCAAUAUAUUCUUCUUUGUUUAGCUUUAUUGUCCCACAGUGUACAUUAACAAAUCAAAUUAUUAAUAAUAUCUCGAAUAAUAUUUAAUAUAAUCGCGAAAAAAUAUUUAUACAAACAUUUUUAUAGCCAAAACUUUUAUUUUUUAAAAGUCAUCUUCUGACUUACAAACUUCCUCAAUUUCAGUUUAUUUGUCAGUUUUAAAAGUAGAAUCGGUGGACUAAAUACAUUUUCAGAGUUAUUCUUGAAGAGGUAAGACUGAUCAACAAAAUUAUUAAACUCUGAACAUUAUACACUAUUCCAAAAUGCGGGACGCUUUCCUCGCGGAAAGUAUUUCUAUAACAUUUAAAUGAACAAUGGAAGAAGCAUUGGGUAUAAACAUCGACAGUAGUGUUGAAUGUAAAAAAUUAAACAUUUUAGUUAGGCUAAUAUCAGUGAUUUUAUUUAUAUUCGAUAGUACAGGGAUGAAGUCCCAUCUGACAGUAUUUUGUAAAUAAUUAGGUUAGGAAUUUAAAAUUGUUAAAUAAUAAUUAAGGUUUUUCAUUUUAUAUUAAAAAAAAAAGACAGGGGACCCUUUUGUUUCAGAACUCUGUAUUCUAUAACUAUGCUAAUUUAACUUGUGGACCGUACAUACCAUUGACAAUAUUAUCUUCUAUAACCAUGCCAGUCAAUCUCUUAUUAAUUUUUUAAAUUAUAAAAAGUAUUCUUAAAAGAUCUGACUUUUGUUGAUUAAGCCCUACAUUUCCCAGCAUGACCUUAUAUAGAAAGAAUAGUUAUAAGUUGAAAUUACCAAAGAUAUUUAUUAAUUUAUUUAACGCAUUUGUUGGAAGUCUACUUACUAAAAUUAUAAGAAACGCUUGAAAUUCUACUGUAAGAUUUAGGUUUAGUAAAUAGUCUCGCCUAACCUUUGAAAGACUAGCCCAUUCAAUUUUACAUAUGGAUACCAUAGAACGGGAGUCGGCAACCUUCAGAUUUCUAGCCAAAUAAAGCAAUAAUAUCAGGAUC